UGUGCCAAACAUGUGCGUUCAUCUGAGAUGACACGCUGUGGUGACCCCGAAAGGGACAAGCUGAAAGAAACUUACUAUUCAAUAUAUAUCACGUGUAUUUUUUUUUAUCGUUACGUGUAUUUUAAUGGUAGAUGGUUCUGAUAUUACAACAAUUUCGUCGGGAAAUUUGCCGUUACCCAAUGACGUAGAAUAAAAAUUACUUACUUGGUCUACGCCUUGGCGUUACCUCUUGAAAGGAAACUUCUUGCUUUAACUUGUUUUCACCCGGACCGGAUCAUCCCUGGCGUCCGCCAAGAUGGCGACAUGCACGCAUACGGUUUGGAAAGCUGUUGUAGGGUGUCGCCGGCAUCUCCUAAGUGGUGGUGUUCGGCCCUUCCCUGCUUUUCCCUCCAGCAACAUUCCCUUCAGAGCUUUUGCUGCCGUUAAGGCACGGAAAAAGGGGAAGAAGGAAGAGGUGGCAACUCCAGAGGUGAAGAAAGAGAAGAUGGUGGUGAACGACUCGGCGAGGCACAAGCCCUUUGGAAAGACGGCGUGGGCGCCUGUGGAUGACGUUUACAUUCUGAGGUACUACCCCAGGACCAUCUAUAGUGCUGCUGAAGCCCUGGCCCUGCUCAAGAGUUUCCAGGUUUUGGACUUCACCCCUUGUGACCAGCCCGUUUAUGUGGACCUCAAGCUUGACAUGAAAUUGGAAAAGAAGAAAAAGAUUGACCCUUUCGUGAGCACAGUGCAUCUUCCACACCCUUUCAAGACAGAUGCGAAUAAAGUUUUGGUUUUUACUGAGGAUGCUCAUCAAAAGAAAGUGGCUCAAGAGUGUGGUGCUUCAUUUGUGGGAGGGUCCGAGCUCAUUCCACAGAUCUUAGAUGACGAAGUGGUGGCUGACUUCUACGUGGCUGUACCUGAAAUUCUGCAGAAACUCACGCCGCUGAAAAACAAACUGCGGAAGAAAUUUCCCAAGAGCAAGAGAGGGUCUGUCAGUGUCAACAUUCCCAAAAUGCUGUCGCUGUUCCGGAUGGGCCAUGAGUACGCGGUGGAUAGCGAGCGCUAUGUCAGGACGCAGGUGGCCACGCUGGACUUUCCCACUGAACAAAUUCUCGCCAACCUGCAAGCUAUACUCAUCGACGUGUGCUCCCAUCGGCCUGCCGACAUGGGGCCCUUGAUCGAGCGUGCCAUCCUGGCCAGUCAUACCAGUGAAGCUCUGUGGUUCAACAGUGAAGAAAUGCUACCAAAAACACCUGAAGACAACAAAGCCCAAUGACAGUCCCCCGUGUAUAUAUGGACUUAAUAAACGUCUUGUGUUUUGACUCCUUGGAAAGUAGGGACCCCAUGUUCAUUGCACGUAUGACCACCCGGUGGCAGUAUUGCCCCACGAAGCUUUUGCCGUUUUCAUUCCACCUGUUGCUGCUUCUGGAGUAAGCAACCGCCCCACCCCCCACCCCCAACACACGUACAUCUCUUAAAAGUACAAAACAUUGAAAAACAUAGGCAGCACUACUGCACAAAUGAGAUCUAAAAUUUUAGUAUAUUUUUGUGUGUCUGGAACAGGUUAUGGUAACUUGAGCUGUAAGACUAAAUAUGCAAAAUGGGGUUGGCUGCUCUUACCCCACGCUUAUAUUUAUAAAGUUUCACAGAUUGCAGAAAGUAUUUUUUUUUAUCAACCUAAUGGAUGACCUUACACAAGAUUUGUUGAUAUGUAAAUUGAGUUUGUGUAUAAACAUCUUUGUUUAGAGAAAAAAAAACAGGCUAAUUUUUGUAGUUUACAAAUUUGACAUCAAUAAGUUCUUCAGGUUCCCCCCAACGAGUCACUCGAUUUCAAUGUUAAAGGUUUAACGAGGAGGCUCUGCUACAGGGCAGCAAACGAGAUUCAAAGUAGCUCCCUUUAGUGGUUACAAUGGGAAUAAUGGACGGGGC